CCCGAGUCCGACUCGGCUCCCUGUCUUCUACCUAUUUCCUCGUCUUCACUUCCCUUGCGGCUUUCCCCUGGCUCGUCAUAGGAGGCACCAUGGGCAUCAGCAGCGAGCGCAACAAUGGCUUCAGGCAGAACUGGAAAUGCGCGCUCGUGUGCGCGGGCAUGGCCUUCGCCAACUGCCAGUACGGCUUCGACGUGUCGGCCAUCGGGAGUUUCCAGACGAUGCCGGGGUUCCUGAUGACGUUCGGCUACGCGGACCCGGGCCUGAGAGGCGGCUGGGGCAUCGCGACGACGGACCAGCAGCUGAUCGCGUCGUUCCUCAACGUCGGCACGAUCGUCGGGGUGCUGUUCACAGCCCCCUUUGGGCGCUACUUCGGCCGCCGGCACGGGAUCUGGAUGGGCACGCUGGUCGCGUUUGCCGGGUGCGCGGCGCAGAUCGCGGCGGGCUCGAUCGCGAGCCUCUGCGUCGGCCGGGCGCUGAUGGGCGCCUCCAACGCCUUCUUCAUCACCUUCUCGAACGCGCACAUCGUCGAGUGCGCGCCACCCCAGCUGCGCGCCGUGUGCUCGGCCCUGUUCGCUCUGACCAUCAACUUCGGCACCAUCCUCGGGGCCGUCGUCGACGAGAGGACAUCUCACAUGCUGGACAAGCGCUCCUACCAGAUCCCGCUCGCGUGCCUGUUCAUAUUCCCCACCUUGCUUAGCCUCUUCGUCUUCUUUAUUCCCGAGUCGCCCCGCUGGCUGAUUCUUCAUGACCGUCGCGAGGAGGCCGAGCGGUCCCUGAAAUCUCUCCGCGACGACUCCCUCAAGCCAGAGUUUCUGCAGGAAGAGCUUGUCGAGAUCAUCCAGGGCGUUGAGGAAGAGAGGAAUAAUGCAUCUCGGUCGGGUUUGGUUGAUAUCUUCCGUGGAACCAACUUGCGUCGCACGCUGCUCUGCGUCAGUGUUGUACUGUCGCGUGCCUCGUCGGGCGUGUGGGUGUUUUUGUCCUACGGCGCAUACUUUUACCAGCGAGCCGGGGUAGACGACGUCUUUCGGAUCAACAUCUACUCGAUGGUGGUACAGCUUGUUGGUGUCGUCGUCGGCUUGUACUGCGCCUACAAGGUCUGGGGCCGUCGUACGAUGAUUCUGAUAGGGGUAGGAUCGGCAGUCAUCGCUAUGCUUGCCCCGGCCAUAGCAGCUACGAUCUCUCCCGAUUCUCAAGAGGCUGCCAAGGUGUUCCUCGGUUCCUCGUUCUUCUACAGUAUUGUAUACAGUGGCUUUGCAGGGACGAUGACCUGGCCCAUAUCCGCCGAGGUUGUGAACUCGCGCUUGAGGGUGCUCACGUUGUCCUUUGCUACGGGCGUUGAUUACGUUUUUGCUUGGUUAACAUCAUUCUGCUCACCGUACUUUAUCAACCCGACUGCGUUGAACUGGGGCGCGAAGUACUGCUGGAUCUGGGCGGCUUCUAAUGCCAUAACGUACGUUGUCUUCUGGCUAUACUUGCCCGACAUGAAAGGCAGGUCAUUAGAGGAGAUCGAUGAGCUCUUCGAGAAGCGGGUGUCUACUCGCGAUUUUCCCAAGUUCGAAUGCCAGUCAUCCGUCAGGGCUCACGACAUUGCCCUCCACAAGAUAGAGGAGGCCAAGAACACCACCCGACACGUCGAGGGCGGUCGUUAAAAUGCGUUGUGGCUUGAUCUCCAGGUCUGCGAGGUCCUUGAACUUGUGAAACUGUGCUAUGGUGGCUUCUAUGGCUCGCUGUUAGGCAAGGCAAAAAAAGAAAGACUAUACAAAGGACCGGUCUGGACAUAGGUCUAUAGUCGACAGACAG